AUGUUUGUUCACUUGAAGAGCCUUUUACGUCGAGGCAGUUCAAAGCAACAAUCGACUAUGCCAACCAACGGCAAACGCCACAGCAAGCAGCAUGAAAGCGUGGAUGACUUGCCAACCCCGCAUAAUGAAAGUGGAUUACCAUGCUACAACGGCCUAGAGCGUUAUGAGCUUACAAGCAAGCUUGGCGAUGGUGCAUUCUCAAACGUUUACAAAGCAUUCGAUUUGGAUACAAAACGGGAAGUGGCUGUCAAGGCUGUACGAAAACUAGAACUUAAUCAAGCGCAGAGAGCAAGUGUCCUCAAGGAGGUCCAGCUGAUGAGAACCAUUGACCACCCAUCAAUUAUCAAGCUAUAUGGAUUCAUUGAAACUAAAGAACACUAUUUCCUUAUCUUGGAGCUUUGCGAAGGAGGCGAGUUGUUCCAUCGUAUUGUUCGAUUGACCUAUUUCAGCGAGGAGUUAUCCCGACAUUGCAUUCGUCAAGUGGCCGAUGGUAUCCGUUACCUGCAUGAAGAAAAGGGUAUUGUACACAGAGAUAUCAAACCUGAGAACUUGCUUUUUGAACCAAUCCCAUUCAUGGAACGAGUAUCACCGAUGCCACCACAGCAGCCUGAAGGUGACGAUGAGGAACCCAAGGAAGAUGAAGGCGAAUUUGUGCCGGGCUUAGGAGGCGGCGGUAUUGGACGGAUCAAGAUUGCCGAUUUUGGAUUGAGCAAAGUGGUUUGGGACCAACAAACAAUGACACCUUGUGGCACGGUUGGAUAUACAGCACCCGAGAUUGUACGUGAUGAACGCUACUCCAAAUCAGUUGAUAUGUGGGCUCUUGGUUGUGUGUUAUACACGUUGUUAUGCGGCUUUCCACCAUUUUACGACGACAACAUCCAAGUCUUGACUGAGAAGGUUGCUCAUGGACAAUACACGUUUUUAAGCCCCUGGUGGGACACCAUUUCAGAUUCAGCCAAGGAUUUGAUUUCACACUUGCUUUGCAUUGAUCCCAAUGAGAGAUACACGAUUGAUCAAUUCUUUAAUCAUCCUUGGAUGGAGGAGGAACAUCAACAACAUCAGGAGUACCCAUCUGAAUUACCAAAACAACAAGACGAUGACAUUGAACAGACACCUGACACAUCAACCACUGCAACUGCUGAUACCGAUGAUGAGAUAAAAACCGAUGCACCUACAAGCAGCAAACGUAGUAGCUUAAUUGCACCAUCAGCUCCACGCAAUAUACCAAAUGCUACCAACACGACAGAGAAUGGAGCAACCCGUCGGCAUGAUAUGUUCGCACCUAAUAUCAACACGCUCAAGGAGAUGUUUGAUGUGUCAUAUGCCGUGCAACGCAUCACUGAGGAAAAGUCCAGGAGAAAAAACAAUUACACGCUCUCCACCGCAUUCGGUCACCCAUUAAACAUGGAUGCUGGUGAUGAUGCUGAUCAAGCUCUUAUCAACAAACGUCUAAGGAACAGCCGGCAUCAGGACAAGGAUAUCGAUGGUUUACGUACACAAAUGGAAAACUUUACGCUGAUACCACCUUCAACAACAACAACAACAAAUUCAUCGCCUAUCAACAAUGGUAAUGCAACACCUACAACGCCUUUAUUCGAGUUGAGUAUGGAUAAUGCUACUCUUCUUGGUCGACGACGUAACACUGCCACCGCUACUGAUCCCCCAUCCGCUGGCUCGGGCAUCCACCAAUAA